CGACAGGAAAACGACAAAAACACAGAGAACUAUCUCUGGCAAAGCUUCGACCACCCCACUGACACUCUACUCCCCGGAAUGAAGCUCGGCUGGGACGCCAAAACGGGACUGAAUCGUUACAUAACGUCGUGGAAAAGCGCCGACGACCCGUCCACCGGAGACUACAGUUUCAAGCUCAACAUCAAUGGGUUCCCGGAAAUAUUUCUGACGGACAAACGGGUGGUGGAUUAUCGGAGCGGGCCGUGGAACGGGCUGAGAUUCAGCGGCGUGCCGGAGAUGAAACCGAGCCCGCUCAUCUCCUUCUCAUUCGUGAUGAACCCCGACGAAGUCGCGUAUUCAUUCAACGUGAACAACAAAUCGGUUUAUUCGAGGCUGCUCGUCAAACAUUCCGGCGCGCUGCAGCGGUUCAUCUGGAUUCCGACGAGCAAGAUAUGGAAUUUAUUCUGGUACGCGCCGAAAGAUCAGUGCGACGACUACAGAGAAUGUGGGGCCUACGGACUCUGCGAUACGAACUCUUCGCCGGUUUGCAAGUGCAUGAAAGGGUUCGAGCCGAGGAACCCGCAGGCGUGGUAUUUGCGAGACGGGUCGGGCGGGUGUAUCCGGGUCGGUAAAUUGGACUGCGGGUCCGAUGGGUUUUUGACGUUGAGGAACGUGAAGUUGCCUGAGAGUGGGACGGCGUUUGUUGACAAGCGGAUGGAUUUAGACGGGUGUCGGGAACUGUGCCGGAGAAACUGCACGUGUAUGGGUUACUCCAACGCCAACAUCACCGGCGGCGGGAGCGGCUGCGUGGUUUGGGCGGCGGAUCUCUACGACAUGAGGCAGUACGCGGCGGCGGAAGGCGGACAGGAUUUCUAUCUUCGGGUGCCCGCUGCUGAUUUAGGUAUGUAUAAUUGUUUUUCAGAGCAAGCAGGAACUGCUGUAGGAUCUGGAGAUAAUUCAAACAAGAACAAGAAAAAAUUAAUCAUGGUCGCCGGAAUUGUCUCGGGCACGGUUGUUUUGUUCGUCGGAUUAGCCGUUUUCUUCGGACGGAAGAGGGAGAAACCAGAAACUACACAAGUAAACAUUACAGAGCACAGAGGUCCUAGGGAAAGAAGUCCAGACUCACUAAUACAUGCAACAACAAUCCCAAGCAAAAGAGACCACUACUCAACCGAAACUGAAGGAGACGAGCUCGAUUUACCCUUACUCGACAUCGCAACUUUAUUAAUCGCCACCGAAGAUUUUUCCGAUGCUAAUAAAAUAGGCCAAGGUGGUUUCGGCAGUGUUUACAAGGGUGUGCUAGCAGAAGGGCACGAAGUCGCGGUGAAGCGGCUGUCGAAAACUUCAGGGCAGGGAAUAGACGAAUUCAAGAACGAAGUGAAGUUAAUCGCAAGGCUACAACAUAGAAACCUCGUACGUUUACUCGGGUGCUGCAUCGAUAUGGAGGAGAAGAUGCUGGUUUACGAGUACAUGGAAAACAAAAGCCUCGAUUCGUUUUUGUUCAAAAAGGAUAGAAGUUCGAUGCUCGAUUGGCGAACGAGAUUCAGCAUUAUAUGCGGAAUAGCAAGAGGGCUUCUUUAUCUCCACCAAGACUCGAGAUUCAGAAUCAUCCACAGGGAUCUCAAAGCAAGCAAUAUUCUCCUCGAUAAAGAAAUGAACCCUAAAAUAUCGGAUUUCGGCAUGGCAAGAAUAUUCGGUGGGGAUCAGACCGAAGCAAAUACCAAAAGAGUAGUUGGCACUUAUGGUUACAUGUCACCUGAAUAUGCAAUGGAUGGGCUAUUCUCGAUAAAAUCCGACGUUUUCAGUUUCGGAGUACUCGUUUUGGAGAUAGUGAGCGGGAUGAAAAACAGGGGAUUCUAUCAAACAAAUAACCAACUUAAUCUUCUUGCAUAUGCCUGGAAACUGUACAGAGAAGGAGAAGGGCUGAAAAUAUUGGACAAAGCGGCGGGCGAAACAUAUUCGGCAAGUGAAGUAAUGAGAUGCAUACAAGUGGGGCUGCUGUGCGUGCAAGAACACACGGAAGACAGACCAAACAUGUCAACUGUUGUCUUAAUGCUGAGCAGCGAUUUCGUGUCGAUGCCGCAGCCUAAGCAUCCAGGUUAUUGUCUAGGAAGGCGGCCCCACGACAACGAUUUGUCGCCACCGAAACAGGACGAAUCGUGCACAAUCAACCAGGUUACUGUCACUAUGAUGGAUGGUCGGUAGUAAUAUUGUAAGAAUUGACCUUUAAAGGCCAACAAUCUUGUCUGUAACUUCAUUUUUUUUUUUACCUUUUUUGACAUGGUUGGUUGGACAGUUUAACCACAAGAUUUGUGUUAGGUAUUCUUUUCAAAUGGUUCGUUAUACAAGUUGGAAUAGUUUUAGGAAUCAAAUGUAACAUCUGUUCAGUUAAUUUUAACUUUUUUUGGCAUGAAAUUUUUAGCCUCUGGGACGCUCAA